UGUGUGAUGUGGUUUACGUACUAUACACGCAACUCCAGUUUGUGUGUAUAAUUGUGCGGAGAUUUUUUUAGACGACGGAUUGGGACAACUUAUUUUAGCCAACUCUUUAACUAAAUAAUCAUAGUGAUUUUCAAUUUGAAAUUUAACCAGACCAUUCGACAAAAUACAGAAGAGAGGAACAAGUAACCAAAGAGACAGCUUUGCCGCCCAAGAAGUGUGAGAUCAUCGUUUAUUUUGGGCUGACGAAACCGAGGCUUCUCCGCCUUCGAGAUGCUGGCUGCACAGAAACCCCGCCGAACCCGGGAGUUCACCGGUCCGACUCCCCACUCUGUAGCGAUAAGAGCUAAGAUGCCAAGCAAACUUCCUCCAGACCACCUCAUCCUGGAGAGAAGAAAACGAGAUGACCAGCGGGAAGAAGCAGAAGCUGUCACAAAGUAUAAUGCACUGUGUGACCUAAAGAAUGACUGGGAGAAGAUCACAGACCGGAGAAUCCAGUCAAACACAGUCAAGAGACGGGUCCGAAGCUUGAUGCAACAAGAAGAAUUCACACUUGAAGACAGAAGACAGAGAUUACGAGAAUUGCUAGCAGAGGAAAACGAUCAAUACCUGGUCGAGAUGGAAGCAAGUCAAGAAACACUUUUGGAGCGACAAGCAAAGAUGAGGGAACGGGCAAAAUUUCUGAAGGAGAAGAGGGAGAAAGAAAGAUUACAGAUCGUUGCAGAAAAACUUGAUCAGAGAUGGAGGGAGGAAUGUGAGGAGCUUAGGGCUACCCUCACCCGGCGACAUAUGGAUGAAGUAUGCAUGGACCGUAGCCAUCAGCUGGAGACAAAGGCUCGCAUGGAUGCACAUGAGAAGGAAGUAGAGCGCAUGUAUGCGGACCUGUGGGAGAAGGAUAGGCUAGCCAAGGAGGCCAAGGAGGAGAAGAUUGCCCAGGACCAACAUGCAAGAAACAUGGAGAUGUUGAGCGUCUUGCAGAAGCAGAUGGCUGCCAUCGAGGCCAAGCGCCAGGAAGAAAAACAGCUCAGGAUCGACGGUGGCAGACUUAGGAAAGAGGAGGCAGCACUGAGGAAACUGGAAGAGCAACGUGCUUUGGCUGAAAAGAGGGCCCUCCAACAGGAGAUGAGAGCUGGUCUGGAUCAGAAUGUCAAGCUCAAAGCCAAGCGAAUGGCCAAGGAAGUCCAGGAAGAAUUAGCUCUUGACAUGAAGAUCUUGGAGAAACUCCUUGAGGACUCUAGGAAUGAAGCCAUGGAGAUUGCACAGAGAAAGAAAGAACUGCGGGAGGAAGAUCAACGUUACCGCAGGUACCUCCAGGAGCAGAUGAGGCUUGAGCAAGAGAGGGAAGCAGAGAUUGACCGCAUGAUAUCAGCGGAGGUUGAGAGACAAUGGCAGAAGAGACUCACUCAAUGGGCCAAGGAACGCAAUGCACGUAAGAAGCUCAUGGAAGAGGUACUUGCAAUAAGGAGACAGCAGGUGGAGGAGAGAUUGGCAGCCAAUGCUAAUGCACAGGCAGAGCUGGCCAAGGAAAGAGAAGCCAUGCAGGCCGCUAUGGAAGAACACAAGAGACUUGAAGAUGAGAAACAAGCCUCAAUUCUACUCGCCAACAAGAAUUAUGAACAGGACCUCCUGGGCCAGAUGGACUAUACCCACAGACAGACAGAGAGGGCUAAAGAUGAAGAGUACAGGGAAUACCUCCAAGGAUUGGAGACAGAGGCCGAAUACCAGGCUAAGUUGAAGGAGGCCCUCGCUAGGCCGAUUAUUGACAAGGCCCACCCAGUCCGUAGGAUGCAUAUGUCGGCAGGCAAAUCUCCUCAGAUAGCAUAAAGUAAUUGAUGGUUUUUGCGAAUGAGUCAUUCCAUCAACAGAAUGUGUUCCUUUAGAUGAUAUUUGCCUUGAAAACAUUGUCAUUCCAAUUUUCUAAGUAAACAGACAUGUACCAAAUCUAUUUUAGAACAUGGAUUUUACAUUUUUGCCAUCAUGGGACUUAAACUAGAUCCUCAUAAAGCAUUGUAUGGUUGCAUGCUUAUAAUGUGUAAUGUGGUUUACAUGAGUUAGAUAGGAUCCUUGUCUCAGAACACAUAGAAUCUGUCGUGAAGAAUAAAUGAUUCUUGUCGUUAAAUUUCAUGCAUUUCAUUAUCAUUUUGAUAAUUCACUCAAAUUCAUCAUGGCCUUGCAUAAUGGUACAAAGCACUACUUGUUCAC